GCUCGCAGGCUCGGGGGCAGGGGCUGCCUGGGAUCUAUCUGUCCCCUCGCUGAUCUCCGCGGGCAGCGCAGCCCCCCCGCGCCCGGGCUGAGCGCGCCAGGCUGUGCCGCUCCUUCAGCAGCGAAGUGGUUAAUCCCGGAUGCUCUUUCCACCCCGGCUGUCCAGCCCCAGCCCCGCUGCCUCCCGGACAAGCGCUCUCCUGGGCAGGUUGCUGGUCCGGGGCCAAGGGGAGGGCCACGCCGGCGAGGCAGCCUUUGUCCCAGGAGCGGGCUCCCGGCUCCAGGUUGGAGGAGGAAUGGGCUCCAAAGCCAAGGCCAUUGCCAGUCUCCUGGCAGCCACCUGUGUCUGCAGCGUCAUCGCCCUCAUUCUGAGCGUUGUGGAUGUGAAGGAUGUGUUUCUGCCCCCCAGCACCAAGUACGGUCUGGUGUUUGAUGCUGGCUCCACACACACGUCCCUCUACAUCUACCGGUGGCCCGCGGACAAGGAGAAUGACACUGGCAUUGUGUCCCAGGUGGAGGCCUGCUCUGUGUCCGGCCCCGGCAUCUCCAGCUACGCAGACGACCCCGCGGGGGCUGGCGCCAGCCUGAAGCCUUGCCUGGACAGGGCCAUGAAGAUCGUCCCGGCCGAGCAGCAGCGAGAGACCCCCACGUACCUGGGGGCCACGGCCGGCAUGCGGCUGCUGAGGGAGGAGAACAGCAGCAAGGCCGAGCAGGUCUUGGCCCAGGUGUCCGAGGCCAUUGGGGAGUACCCUGUGGAUUUCCGCGGAGCCCGGAUCCUGACAGGCAGCGAGGAGGGCUCCUUUGGCUGGAUCACUGUCAACUACCUGCUGGAGACCCUGGUCAAGUUCUCGUUUGCAGAGAAGUGGGAACAUCCCCAGGACACCGAGGUUCUGGGAGCUCUGGACCUUGGCGGUGCCUCGACGCAGAUCACCUUCCAGCCCGGGGUCCCCGUGGAGGACAGGAACACGUCCGUGUUCUUCCGGCUCUACGGCACCAACUACUCCCUGUACAGCCACAGCUACCUGUGCUACGGGCAGAGCCAGGCCCUGAAGAUGCUGCUGGCAGCUCUGCACCAGGCCAGCUCGAAUGGCCAGAUCCUUCACCCCUGCUACCCCCGGGGGUACCAGGAGAACAUCACCGUGGCAGAGCUGUACGACAGCCCCUGUGUGCGUGCGCCGAGCUCAGCCAGGCCUGGCCAUGUCCUCACGGUGACGGGCACAGGGGACCCAGCCGCGUGUGGCACGGCCGUCCGGAGACUCUUCAACUUCAGCUGCGGGGCGCGGGGGCCGUGCGGGUUCAAUGGGGUCUAUCAGCCCCCCGUGCGGGGACAGUUCUUCGCCUUUGCUGGAUUCUACUACACCUUCAGCUUCCUGAACCUGACCCGCCAGCAGUCUCUGAGUGAAGUCAACACCACAGUCCUGUCCUUCUGCAGAAGGAACUGGACAGAGCUGGUGCAGAGCUUCCCAAAUGAUUUGAAGUACCUGCACACCUACUGCUCUGUGGCCUUUUACAUCAUGACGCUGCUGCUUGAUGGCUACAAGUUCAACGAGCACACCUGGAGCAACAUCCACUUUAGCAGGCAGGCAGCAAACACAGACAUCGGGUGGACACUGGGCUUCAUGCUGAACUUGACCAACAUGAUCCCUGCUGAGGCUCUGCAGCAUGUCAAGGGCCACCAGCCCGGCCUGUGGGCAGGGGCCGUCUCCUUCCUUGUACUGGCCAUCGUGGCAGGCCUGGUGGCUGUUUUCCUACACUGUUUCUGGAAAACAAAGUAGCUCCCAGCCUCCUGACUAGAGGCAUGCUAGGCAUCCUGCCUACUAAACCAGGCAGGGAAGUGGUGCAGAAGAGGUGGAAAAUGGAGAAGAAUGAAGGCAUUAGACCCAUCUCCAUUGCUCAGGAGAUCUGACUGGGUCAUCUCUGUGAAUAUAGAAGAUGACUUGAUGACUUGAUCUCUCUCCAAGAGGACAACUCCUUUAAUCUGACUGCCAAAAGCUCAUUGAGACUUGUUGGCGGGAUGAAGCAAAAAAAAAAAAUCAACCUAGAAAUAAAAUCAGUUUUGUUUUUCAAAUAUGAA